AUGGCUUCAUUUUUUAAUCGUGUUCUUGGAAAAAAUUUACAAUCAUCAUCGAAAAAAAAUUCUUCAACUGGUAAUACAUCAUCGUCAACAUCAUCAUCAUCUUCAUCUUCAUUAAUUCCUCUUGUUCCUCUUGAUCUACCACCAUGGAUACCGCCAGAUUUAAAUCGAGAUCAUAUACGUCUUCUUGUUUUUUCCGAUAGUGAUGAUGUUGGAUUAGAACUUAUAUUUGAUUCAAAAACUUUACGUGUUGUAUCAUCUUCUGAUAAUGAAAAUUUAACUAAUAAACCAUCAACAACAGUCAAUACUCGAACAUCAUUAUCACAAGUUCCAGGAUCUAAUCGAACAACAAAACCACCAAUAGGUCCAAGCAGUAAUAGUGCAAAUCGUUCUCGUCCUGCUAUAACACGUUUUACACAUCGAGGGAAAAUCUAUGAAUUAAUGAAAGCUUCAAAUGACAUACGUAAUUAUGCUGAUUAUAUAUUCGGAACUAUGCCAUUAUUAUUUAAAGGCACUGGCAUGAAAAUUCAUACGAGCAAAUCACCGUUACAAAUUAUGAUGAGUCGAGUAUUUGUUCUUAAAUUACCUGAUAGAUCCGAUGCAUUAAUCAAUACAUCAAUAACAUCGGAACCAGAAACAGUAACAAUUAAUCCAUUUUAUCCAUUUGGAUCAUCACCAUCGAAUCGAUCAUUAAGUUCAAAUGUUAGUGUUGCUUCAUCGACUAUCUCAAGUAUUGAUCUACUUGGUGAAGAUUUAACAAAUCAAAGAUUUGGUCGACUUUAUCGUCGAUGGUUAAAAUGUGCUAAUCGAUCAAUGAAAAAAACUCAAAAACAACCUGGUCGUCGUUUUCGUCGAUGUAUUGGUGUAGCAUUUAUUAUUACAUUUCAACCAAAUGAAUUGUCUAAAUAUAAGCAUUUUGAAGAAUUUUUUUGUACACAUGCACCAUUAAUAGAAAAUCAUUUUCAAAAAAUUAUGACUGCAGCAGAAGUUAAUAUUAAUGAACGAAAUUCAAUUGCUGCUGCUCUUCUGGAUAAAUUAUUCAGUUUUAAAGAUGAACUUUAUACAUUAUAUACCCGUCCCCGUCUGGUAUCACCCGCAUGGUAUAUUCUAACACAAGAACAUUUAACUAUGAGUAAACGACGUGCAUUAGCUCAACAAUUGUGCUCAAUUAUUGAUCUUUUUACGACACCUAAAUAUGGCGAUUUUCUCAAUUGUGUCUUAUCAGCAGUACUUAGCUAUCAAUUAUCUUGGUUAUCAACAGUCUCACCAUCACUUGCCAAAUCUAAACAAAAAGUUUUAUUUAAAGCUAAAGCAGAUUAUGUUAAUUCAUUACAAAGUUUUCUACAAUAUAGUCCAUUAUGGGGGCAAUUGAUAGAUUUGUUUAGUGCCUAUGGUAAUCCUUUAUAUAUUUGUCGAACAGUUCUUGUUGGUAGUGAUUCAUCAUUACUUAAUCGUUUACUUUAUUUAUUAAGUUUUUUUAUACGUCCAAGUCAUUUAACAUAUAAAAUCCCAAAUACAAAUUUAUCAGAUACAAAUGAUGAACAAAAUCGAGCAUAUAAAAAAAUUAGUUUAUAUAUUGAUGAAUUAAUUGCUAAUUCAACACAAAUACAAGAUAUUGAACCAUAUUCACCAGUUCAUAGUAUACAUUGGGAUGAUGAUGAUGAUGAACAAAAUCUUGAAGAUGAUAUUGAUAUAUUAUCUAAUGAUACAUCAGCUAAUCAUAAUAAUAAUAUAACAACAUCAUAUACUGAACCACAAAAUUUUUAUCAAUUAACAUAUACAUCUGAUGAUAUUGAAAGUCAAAGUGUUGAUGAAAAUGAUAUAUCACAAGUAUUAGAUACAAUAAUAUUACAUAUUGAACAAAUGAUUUUUGAUGAACGUCAAGAAAAAAAUCAAUUGUCUGUAAAACCACAUAAGAAAGUUUCGGUAACAUUACAAUCACCAAUAAAAACAGUUGUACCAUUAACACCAACAAAAACUCUUAUGUCUCUAUCAUUAUUUGAACCUUAUCAUCUUGGUCAUGAACCAAUACAAAUAACUAAUGAUUAUCAUUUAGAUUUAGCACUUUCAUUAAUAUCAUCAGUUACAUCUUCUUAUUCAUCAGAUUUUAUUUUACAAGCUAUUGAAACAACAAAUAUAAAUGACAUACGUCAUUCAAUAAUAUCUCAACAUACAUAUGAUAUAUCAGAGAAUGGUGGUGUUUUUCUAAAUGGCGAACAAAUUGAUACAUCAAUAACAAUAUUAAUUAAUUUAGAUGAUAUAUCUGUUAAUUUAUAUUCAAGUAAACAUAAUGAUGUAGCACGACGACAAGAACGUACAACAUUAAUUCAACCAUUAAUUGAACAUGCACAUUUAGCUAAACAAUUAUUACCAGCUGAUUUUGCUUUAUUAAAUAUGGAAGAUAGUUUACAGGAAAUUUAUUUUCUAGCUUUAGCUAUUCUUAAAUAUAUGAAAGCAAAUAAUAAAUCAUUAUGUAGUCAUGAAAGCGUUCAUUCAUUUGGUGACUCAGCAUCAACAACAAGUAUGACAAGUGGUGAUACAGAUGAGCAACGUAGCAUGGGAACAAAUAAUACAGUGACAGAGUUACCUACACAAACCUUAAUAAGUUCAAUGUUAUCAAAUGAAUCAUCACAAACAACACAAAUUGAUCAUAGUUCUGAAUUGGUACAGGAUAUAUUACGAAGAUUUCAAUUACAACGAUCCGAUUAUAUGUUUUUGGAAAAUAUUUUACGUGUUCUUGAAAGAGAACAAAAGCAAAUGAUUGGUUAA